UGGGAGCUCCGCCCACAACCAAUUAGAUAUCUCUAGUUUACGCUGCGGUCACAUCUCAAGCUACUGCGAAUCAUGAACGGUCCUGGACAAUCUUAUUUCUUGUCCCUGCUCUUCUGUGUUCUUUGUUGUUCUCAACUCUAUGCCUUUGAUGAUAUCCAAAAUACAGCCAGUCAUAUUCAGCAGAUUGGAAAGAUCAAACACAGAGUUCCGUUGGAAGAGCAUCACCAUAUGGUUAAGAGGGAGGCAAACCAAGCUUUCCGUUUGAGUAUUCAUUAUGACAACUCUGUGGAAACAGGACUCCCUGAAGGAACUAGAACAACCAUUAAGAAUAUGAUUGUUCCACAGUUGAAAACAUUCCUUGAAUCUCUUCUAAUGGUCAGGCCAUUAAAUGUUCCGAUCCUUUUAGACAGGGACUGUGUGGGUGGGACUUUUGUAUUUCCAUCAAUCAAUUCAACUUUACCGUGUGCUUCAACAUGCAAGGCGACCACAAUGUGUGGUCAGGCAGUUGUGCCUAUGGAGCAUCUCAAGCAAUGCAUUGAGUGUAAGAAUUCCACUCAAACUACUGAUUGUCAAAGCAUUGAUGAAGAGGGAGAUGGCAUAGAAGAUGCUGACAUGAUACUGUAUGUGUCUGCAGUCAAUACUUCUCCUUGUGGAACUGGCUCUGGUGGCCCUUCAACCAUUGCAUUUGCUAGUAGCUGUCAAAUGGAAAGUGCAUUAGACAGACCAAUUGCUGGGAAUGUAAACUUCUGUCCUAACAUUUUUGCAACUGAGUCAGCAGGAAACAUAUUUGCAACAGCAAAACAUGAAGUGUUCCAUGCUCUGGCAUUUUCUACAUCACUUUAUCCUUUUUGGAGAGAUGAGCAAGGAGAGCCAAGAACAGAAAGAAAUGAAUUUGGGUUCCCUCCAAAUGUGAGCGAUAAUGGAGGUCGACGCUUUGAUUGGAGUAACACAACUAUCAUGGAGUUCAAUUAUACUGAUUGGGAAGUGUUUAGUGGUACUGUGACUCAUACUGUGAAUCUGAUGGUGACACCAAAAGUAUUGGAACAUGGCAGACGUCAUUUUGGUUGUAGUACUUUGAAAGGUAUUGAAAUGGAGAAUCAAGGUGGACCUGGGACUGAACUGUCGCACUGGGAAAAGAGAAUAUUUGGGAAUGAAAUUAUGACAGGUGUUAUUGAUUUCGGUCCAGUUCUAUCAAAUGUGACACUGGCAUUGCUUGAAGAUAGUGGAUGGUAUAGAGUCAAUUUCAGUCAUGGCGAGUUUUUAGAAUGGGGCUAUGGAGCUGGCUGCACAUUUGCUUCUAAUAGCUGCUUUGCAUAUAACCGACAGUCUUUGUCACCAUUCUGCAAUGUGCCCCAAGCUAACAAUGAACUGAACUGUUCAGUUGACAGAGUAUCUAUCUCUAUAUGUAAUCUAAAAACAGAUCUAGGAUUAAGUCUUCCACAAGAGUAUCGGUAUUUCAACAAUUCAAGAUCAGGAGGACAAUUGGAAAUUGCAGACUAUUGCCCAUACCAAGCUAAUGUUAGGUUUGAUAACGGAAGAACAGGUGAUUGCUCCAAUGCAACUAACCAACUCCCAGCUGGUAGUAAUGCAUUUGGGGAAAGAUAUGGUGAAGGUGCAGCUUGUUUCACUCAGCCUGUACCGUUGACAGCACCGUUAAGUAGAUCACUUGGAGCAGGAUGUUUUCGGUACACUUGCAAUGCUGACAACACAAAGCUAGCAGUGUUUGUCAACAGUGUCAGUUACACUUGUGAUCAACCGGGAAACGUGCUAAAUGUCAUGAAUGAUGGUAUUGUUGGAACUAUUCAAUGCCCUUCUUCUUUUGAAGGACUUUGUCAGAAAUCUAUCGAUUUUCCCACAACUAGUCCUCCCACAUCAAGUUCCCCCACCCCCACGCCAUCUUCUACAACUGCCAGCACACCAUCAUCUGGUGUUGCAAUUAAUUUCAUGAAGUUUCUGCUCCUGGUACCUCUGUUUACUGCCUUUCUUGUUGUCUUUGGAUGAUAAACUAUUUUAAUUCUCAUUAAUUUUUUUUAAAUACCGGUAAUUAAUUUAGAUGAUUAAACUCAGUUAUUAAAAGUUA